AGAGAAAAAAAUUGUAUGGGCUUUUAUUUAGUCGUCCAUCAAACCAACGCACCGCCGGCUCCCAGCGCCGACGCUCAUCUCCCUCGCAGCGCCAGGCUCGGUCCCAAGGAUCGGAUCUUCCGCGCGUGGUGGCGGCUCCCCCUCGGCGGCGUCCAGCGACGGAGGGGCAGUCCCAGGCUCGGCGGCGGCGUUCGGCGGCUCCCCCCACCUUCUCUCGCCAGUCGCCUCGCGCCCUCGCCUGCGUCCUCCACGAACCGGCCGACGACCCUGCGAUCCAGAUCGUGCUACGGCGGCUCCUGUCCAUCCGCCAUGAUUAACUUCGUGCUCCUGAUCAGCCGCCAGGGUAAGGUGAGGCUCACCAAGUGGUAUUCUCCGUACACCCAGAAGGAGAGGACCAAGGUUAUUCGCGAGCUCAGUGGACUCAUUCUUACACGAGGGCCCAAACUCUGCAACUUUGUCGAGUGGAGGGGUUACAAGGUUGUAUACCGGAGGUAUGCUAGCCUGUAUUUCUGCAUGUGCAUUGAUGCUGAUGACAAUGAGCUUGAAGUCCUUGAGAUCAUCCAUCAUUUCGUCGAGAUACUGGACCGCUAUUUUGGCAGUGUAUGUGAACUGGAUUUGAUAUUCAAUUUCCAUAAGGCCUACUACAUACUGGAUGAGAUUCUCAUCGCGGGUGAACUUCAAGAAUCUAGCAAGAAGAAUGUUGCAAGACUUAUUGCUGCACAGGAUUCAUUAGUCGAGGCUGCUAAAGAGGAAGCCAGCUCCAUAAGUAACAUCAUUGCACAGGCUACAAAAUAAAGUUCACCACUCAAAUGCCUGCCCCUUUGCUCUGUUUUGUCGUUAUACAAGCAAUUGUAAUGUACUGGACUGCUAGUCCAUUUUCUCUGCUCAUGUUUCCUAUGGAAUACGGAUUUGAAGACUCCAGGUCAUUUAGAAUGAGCGUGAUGUGUAACUACAUAGUAUGUGUUCCGUUGGAAGUAAAGUCGUGAUUUUCAGGAUUUGCCCAGGGAUAGUUGUAAAUUCCUGGAGUUGUAAGUGCAUAUUUUUUCAUUGAUCGUUUAUAGUGUUAUCUAAUGUCUGAAAACCACUGCAAGUUGUGAUGCGUUAUUCAACAAAUUCAUUCAUGCUUUGUAGCGCCUGUGUUUAGUAGGUCAGAAACUUGGGUGGCUAUACUAUAUUUGUAAGCUUCUGUGCAUGUAAACAGAUUCCAG